AUGGCAUCAUUGACACGAGAGCAACAAUUCACCGCUCGCGCCGAGAUCACAACCGUCAUGCACCGGUACGCUUCGCUCGCGCGCGAAAACGCCGACUGGGACGCCAUGGCCGCGCUGUUUGCGCCGGAUGGUGUGUACCGCCUCCCCAACGGGGUUUCCGUGGACCCCAAGCGCAUGGUCGAGGUGGUGCAGGGCAACGAGGCCAAGUAUAUCCGCCACCACGUCACGACGGUGGACAUCACGUUCGUGAGCGUGCUUGAGGCGUACUCGGAGGCAUUCUAUCUGGCCGUGACGGACCGCGCGAGCCCCGACCACUGGGGCAUGUGGAGGGAUGUGUUUCGUUGGCACCCGCGGGAACGGGUCUGGCUGAUCCAGAAACGCGAGAUUGUCGUCGAUGGCGCCGCGCCCGGUGGGUGGUAUGCUGAUGUCUAUGGCAUGCCGGGCAAGACGAAUGCGGGUGGUUGA